AUGGCUAAGCGCAACGCUAGCAUUGCUUCUUCGCACAUUAGUGCUGUUGCUAGAGUGGACUUUUCCCCAAAAUUGGCCCUUUUUCAUGAUGGCUGCACCACAUUCGGAAGACUGUCCAGACUGGCGCCAGGAUCGGCUGCUCAAGAAAAACCCUGCAGAUUCGUACGCAGAAUGCGGCUGGCAGUUCAAGCAAAUGAGAUGAGCCCACAAUUUCUGCAAUUAGAUUGGCCUCGUUUCUGGACACUGUCUCGGCUCUCAGGCUUCGCAGCCAAUCCGCCCAGCCGAGCCUCGAUUCGCGCGGCCUCGCCCGUGAAACUCGACUCAGUCCAGCCCAGACUAUCGAUCGGAGAUCCGACCAGCUGGCUCGCCUAUCUGCUCUUCACUAGUGAGUUUGAGCACACCCGCACACCGGCACACACUCUAGUGAGGCUGGAAUCUGUGUGGCCUGAUCGCGAACAGCCACGAUCGAUCGGUGCAUUCAAAGGGCCACCCAAUCAGCAGGACUGGAAAGUGAGGAUAGAGCGCUCUCGCCUCGCGGCCGCCAUUAGCCCGACAGGAUUGGCGUCCCUUUAG